AUGACAAUUGUUCAUUACAAAGAUUGGCAGGAAAAAAUUGGUAAAAAAUUAGAAGAAAUCUUCGAGGAAGAACAACUGGCUUCUACACGGGAAAUGGAAAAGAGAAUGGUUGGAGUAUGA